AGCUCCUGUCUUGCAGCCAGAGAGACAGACCGUUUGCUGUUGACAGUCUGCUGCGUGGCACGCUGUCGAGGCUCCGCAAAAAUGAGUUUUCUAAUGCGAUUUUGUGCUUUUGUGGUGAAUGUGCUGUGCGUGCCCCUGCACCUGAUGGAAGCGGUCGGUCUGUACAAAAUAUACAAACGCAUUUUCCCGGUAUGUUUAUAUCGGAUUUCAAUCACGUACAACAAGAAAAUGUACGACAAGAAGAAGGAGCUGUUUCGCAGUCUGUCAGAGUUCACCAAGCCCGGCGGUCAGCUCACACUUCUGGAGGUGGGCUGUGGCACCGGCACUAAUUUUGAGUUUUACCCGCCCGGUUGCAAGGUGAUCUGCACCGACCCUAACCCCCAUUUCCAGAAGUAUCUGCAGAAAGGCAUGGCCGAGAAUGACCACCUCACUUUUGAGAGGUUUGUGGUGGCAUCAGGGGAGGACAUGGGGUCAAUUGAGGACGAAUCGGUAGACGCUGUUGUCUGCACCCUGGUGCUCUGCUCUGUCAGCAGCAUACCGCAAACUCUGCGUGAGGCUCACCGCAUACUGAGGCCAGGCGGAGCCUUCUUUUUCCUUGAGCAUGUUGUGGCAGACUCCUCCACUUGGUCAUACUUCUUCCAGCAUGUUCUCCAGCCUGUGUGGUACUACUUUGGCGAUGGCUGCGAGGUCACCCGAGAAACAUGGAAACACCUGGAGGCAGCUGGAUUCUCCGAACUCAAAAUGAGACACAUCGAAGCGCCGCUAGUCUUUGUGAUCAGACCGCACAUCGUAGGUUAUGCUGUGAAAUAGAUUCUGAUCCAGACGGUCUGAUUGAGCUUUGUAGCUUCUGCCUAAUAACCAGUGUGUGAAUAUGCCAAGCACUAAAUGCCUCUCCUCUGUGAUGUGAUUGAUCACCAGUGAUAGAUAGAACCAGUCACUUUUAUACUAAUUUUAUUUUUGUAUUUGAAGAAACAAACAAACUAAUGUCUUUGUUUGGUAAAGGCAAAUUAUUUUAACACACUGAAUAAAAAUCGUACAUAGACAGCACACAGUUUGCUUGCAGUUUACAGGUCCAGUGUGUAGGAUUUA